ACAAUUUCUCAAAGCAAAGACAAAACAAGAAAAGAGGGAGAAUUCUUCCACGAAAACAAAAAAUUCCCUGGUUUUCUUUCUGAUUAUAAACAAAACAAAAUUGAGGGAAAGAAAAGAUGAUUUCAUCAAUUGCUUCGUCUUCUUCGGUUACUGUUAGAGUCGAGAAAGCUACAAGCGAGUUCUUGAUCGGACCCGAUUGGACUCUCAAUAUGGAAAUUUGUGAUAUUCUCAAUUCCAACCAGAUGCUUGCAAAAGAUGUUGUGAAAGCUGUGAAGAAACGGUUGCAGCACAAGAAACCCAAAGUUCAGUUGCUUGCUUUAACGCUUCUGGAGACGCUUGUCAAGAACUGUGGUGAUUAUGUGCAUUUUCAUAUUGCAGAAAAGAAUAUACUUCCGGAGAUGGUCAAGAUUGUAAAGAAAAAGACUGAUAUGCACGUAAGGGAUAAAAUUCUAACCCUGAUUGGCUCAUGGCACGAGGCAUUUGGUGGAUUGGGAAGAAGACAUCCUCAGUAUUAUAUGGCUUACGAAGAUCUGAGGCGGUUUGGUGUACAAUUUCCUCAUCGCCCACCAGAUGCUGCUCCUAUACAUACUCCUGCUACACAUGCAGUGUUGACUCCACCAGGUUACGGAAUGUCAAGUAGUUCUUCUACGAGAAUCAAUGAAGCCACUGGAGCUGAAGAUACUACUUUAAGUUUAUCGGGCCUCAACUCCAUGUGUGAUGUUCUUGAACUCUUGACUGAUAUGUUGCGAGCUGUUGAUCCAAGUGAUCGCUCGGCUGUUAAUGAUGAAAUCAUAGUUGAUCUUGUCGAGAAAUGCCGCAUUAAUCAGAGAAAGCUUGUGGAGUUGUUGGGGACGACCAGAGACGAAGAGAUCCUUGGUAAGGGUCUUGAACUAAACGACAGCUUACAGAGUGUUCUUGCAAAGCAUGAUGCAAUAGUUUCUGGUUCCCCUCUUCCACCCGCACCCACUCCUACCACACGUGCAGCUUCUGAGAGCCAACAACCUGAUCAUAGAUCUUCUGAAGUCAGCACACCGCCUGCAUCAUCCAACGAGACCCCACCUGCACCGGCAUUUACUGUGAUUGAUGAAAAGGAUGUCGAUGAGGAAGAUGACUUUGCACAGCUGGCUCGAAGACAUUCAAAAGCUCGGAGCAAUGUUUCUCAAAACUCAUCCAAGGCUAAAAGUGAUGUGUUAUCUCAAGAAGCUACAUCGAGCCCUGCAAUGAGCAAUGCUCUAGUUCCCAUCGGCGCACCUGCAUCAGUGGAAACGAAAGAUCAGAACAUCAUAGAGCUCCUGAGCAUUGUUUUGUCGACUGGUAGUAGCUCGAACGAGCAGAGUUCUUCUCCAGACUAUAUGCCUUCUUCGACUAGCCCAGGUACUACUACAGUUUCCCCUGAGGCUUAUCCUGCUAGUAACAAUUAUGUCGCUCCGUGGGCUCAGCCUCAGCCACAGCAGACCCCACAACAACCUCGGCUUCAGCCUUACCAACAACCUCCAUACAACUCACAAUCACCAGUCUAUAAUACUCAGCCUCAGCAGCAGUCACAAUAUCAACAGCAAUAUCAGUAUAAUACAAGUCAACCACAACCACAGCCUCAGCCUCAGCCUCAUAAUUCCCAAUAUGCAUACACUCCUCCACCAUGGGCCACCACGCCGGGCUACUUCAGCAGUCAUAAUCCUAUGUAUACGUACUUGACUCCUAGACCCAUGGCGCCUUUCAGUAACGGAGAGGCACAGGCGGCCAGCUGCACACGGCCGAAGCCCUUCAUCCCUUCAUAUCGAUUGUUUGAAGAUCUUGAUGUGUUCAGCAGUGGGGAUGGGAGAUUCAGAACGACAAGUAAUGCGACACCGAGCUUGUCCGGGCCCACGAGCCAAAAUAUGGUUGGAGGGAGGAUGUGAUUGUUAGCUUGGUGUAUAUUUAAUUUUUCAUAUAUUUUCCAACUCUUUUGAGUUAAUUUGGUGCAAGUAAUAGGUUCGUUUGAAUAAUGGUUAUUCUUGUUUUUUACUUCCAGAAAAUAUGUUUUUUAAAGUGAAUAAUGGUGAUUUCAACCGAUAUUUAUGGAUGUGAUUGAUUUUCA